AUGGCGUUAGAAUAUGACCUUCUGGACGUCUUCACUGCGAUACCAUUCUUCGGAAACCCUCUCGCAAUUUUCUCCCUCCCCGAAGAUCCGAAACCGAUAACUGACAUCCAAAAACAAUCUAUCGCUCGAGAAUUCAACCUCUCAGAGACAGCUUUUCUUCAUCCCAGCUCCAAUAACAUAUUCACCGUCGACAUCUUCGACCCGGACUCCGAGCUUCCUUUCGCUGGUCAUCCAACCAUAGGCGUAGGAUGGCAUCUCUUACACGCCUUCCCCGAGCGACAAACCAUCAUGUUGCGGACAAAGGCAGGUGAUAUUCCUGUGCAUAAGGAUCGUCAUGAGCAGGUCCGGCUACAAAUCCCAGUCGAUUACAAGUUCCACGGGCUUUACCACGAUGCGAACAUCAGGGCAUCGAAAAGACUCCGACCUGAAGACUUCGUCGUCAGCGAUAGAGAAGCAGAUCCAGUUGCGUCGAUCGUGAGAGGGAUGUCUUUCCUGUUGGUUCAGUUGACUAGCGAAGAGGCGUUAGCGAGGUUUGUACCGUUUUCCGAAAAGUUCAGCGUUGGGAAGGAGUUCCUCGGAGAGUGGGAGGGAUACACCGGUUUAUAUCUUUAUGUUGUUCUGGCCGACGGAACGGUAAGGACGCGAAUGUUUGAUGGCCUUGUAGAAGACCCAGCCACCGGAUCAGCUGCGUCCACCUUGGCCGUCUACUUGGCAGAGAAAAAGGGAGAGGGCGUGUGGAGGUCCGCAUUUGUGCAGGGUGUCGAAAUGGGGAGGCGCAGUGACAUUAGUGUGAGCGUAGAAAUUGGUCAUGAAAAGAGGGUUGUUGGUGUAGAAUUAGCGGGUGAGGCGGUGAGAGUGAUGACGGGGCGGCUCUUCAUCUGA